GCGGAUUAAAUACUCCUGUGAACCGCACGUUUUGCUUAAAUCCCUCCUUCGCUAUGGUGAAGAUGACAUCGUUCCCUUCCUCUCGCGACGGGCAAUCCGAUAUUCUAGCUGGUAUUUGAUAGCUCUGGAUCUGUCUCAUUGCAUAUAGACAUAGACAUGGCCAUGGGAAUAGACAUGAAAAUGGAUACUGCACGUUUCGACCCCAUGGACGCACAACGUUUCGACCCGCUGCGGCGCAGCAUGAAAAAAACCUCGCCAUCUCAAACAGGCACUUUCAAACUGACAAUGGGGCAGGGCCUUUGCAUCAGAACUCGCCCGCGAGCGGCUGUGGGUGCUGUGUGGCCAGAUCAUGAAGUUGUUGUCGUUCCUCUUUCGGCGGGAGAUGGAGAUUUGGAAUCGGAGGGAGGGUUUGCGUCGCGCUCCUCUACACCCACAUCUACUCCUACUUCCACGACAGAUACGCGCGUGUCUUCUCCUACGUCUGGUGUUGAUGUCCCCCAAUCACACACUCAAGAAGUCGACGGUAUCGUGGUUACGCGUACUAUCAUCCGUGCUAAUCCCAAUCCCAAUCGUACACCAUCUCGAAGGCCAUCUCGAACACAGAUGACACUUACGCGGAUGUUCUCGCGCUCGCCACCUCCGUCUACCUCUCAUUCUCCCUCUGCUUCUUUGUGCGAACUACCACGCUCCAACCCCCCUUCGCGCCCCACGAGCCCGGUGCUCCAAGCGUUAAACUGUUUCAGCACAUCCUCCGCGUUCGAGAGCGAUGUAAACGAUAUGCAUGAGAGGGAGGACAGUUUGGGGCCUGUGUUGCAUGUGAUCGUCACACAGUCGAGGGAGCGGUAUGAGGAUGAUAGGGCGUUUAAAGAGAUUGUUGGGAGUGUUUAUCCUGGACCUGCCGCUGCCGCUGUUAUAGGGGGUGGCGCUUAGGUGCUUGCGCCGUUGGUUUUGCUGCAGCUCUGGAGCCUUGACGCAUAUCUUAUCACGCUAAUUAAUAUGUAUCGACUGUUUUUAUUCCGUCCACUUUCUGUCCUGCGCUUUUUAUGAUAGUAGUAUUAUCUGGUCAUGUAUGACCU